AUGACCUCGAGCAUCGAAAAGUCGUCCGCCCAUGGCAUUGAGCACGCCUCCGAAUCGAGUGUCGAUGCGGUAGCAUUCGAGGAGGGCAAGGACCUCGGCCUGAGCGCCGCGCACUUUUGUACUGAUGCGGACAACAAGCGCAUUCUUCGCAAGACGGAUAUCUGGAUGCUUUCGCUUCUUUGCAUGGUCUACUUUCUCCAGUCAGCAGACAAGGGAAUCAUUGGUUUGACUGCUGUUUACGGAUUGAAAACCGAUGCACAUCUCAAAGGCAACGACUACUCCAACAUUGGCAACAUCGGAUACUACGCACAACUCGGUGUGCAACCGCUGGCGGCCUGGGUCCUUGUUAAGCUUCGAUAUCGUCAUGUUUUGCCCGUCAUCAUCACCUGCUGGGGUAUCUCCGUUGCUGGUGGUCUAGCCGGAUCGACGAACUAUGCUGGUCUUCUCGCGUCGCGAUUCUUCCUAGGCGCUUUCGAAGCCGCUGUUAUUCCACUCUUCUCGAUGAUUACGAUUGCAUUUUACAGGCGAUCCGAACAGCCUUUCCGUGUUGCCUGCUGGUACAGCUGCUAUGGUCUCAGCACACUCCUCAGCGCCCCCAUUGUCUACGGCUUUGGUCGCAUUCACUCUAGCUCUCUCCAUCGAUACCAGAUCGUCUACCUCUUUUUCGGACUUCUGACCAUCGCCGUCGGUCUUAUCACUUACUGGUGGGCUCACGACAGCCCUGGAGAAGCUCGAUUCCUAUCGCAUGAAGACAGGCUGAAGGCCGUUGAUCGAUUGAAGGCAAACCAACAGGGUAUCGUGUCGCACAAGUUCAAUUGGAAGCACGUUAUCGAAGCUGUGACUGAGCCCAAAUACUGGCUGUACAUGAUCAUGGUCAUUGCCGUCAACGCUGGCGCCUCUGUAUCUUCAGUCUUUGGAUCCAUCAUCUUGAAGGACCUCGCAGGCUUCACCGCCGAUGAAGCCGUACUUCUCAACAUGCCCUUUGGCGCUCUUCAGUUCGUGUCCAUUCUUGGCGCGUCGUGGCUUGCAUACCGCUUCAAGCGCAAGUCGCCCUUUCUGCUCGCCCUCGUCACGAUUGUCAUCGUUGGAGUCGCACUGUUAGUCGCGCUCCCAAAGAACAAAGCGAACAAAGGCGGUCUACUUGUUGGGUACUAUCUCAUUGCAUUUGUGUUCGCCAUCAACCCUCUCCUAAUCUCCUGGAUGGGCGGCAAUUGCGCUGGCCAGACCAAGAAAGCGAUUUACUACACUUCAUUCAAUGCCGGAAACUCCAUUGGAAACAUCAUCACCCCAUAUAUUUUCGACGCCAAGUUCCAGCCACAAUACAUACCCACUGACACAUCGCAGGUCAAUGCGCUCAAAGGCAUCCUCGCCAUCUGGUGCAUUCUUUGGGGCGUUGUAAUCGCCCAGGUUGUACUUAUCACCUGGAUGCAGAAGCAGAAGAAGAAUCAGCGCGAGGCGGCCGGCCUGCCCCGGGAUUUCGUUGAUUACUCAAUGAGCGGCAAGUUUCACGAGGCUGGCGAGGAAAUUCACGGAGAAAAUGGCCUACAAGACAUGACGGACAAGGAGAACUUGUACUUUCAGUAUUUGCUAUAG